AAUUCAUUCCUGAGUGUAGUGCGGAGUGUUUCGCCGGGAGGGAAGAAACGUGUGUUCAGUUAAUUUCUGCAGGCUUCUCUUGAUGUAAUUAGCCGCGACACUGCUGGAAUAAAAUUAAAAAAGGGUUUUUGUCGGUACUUGGGGUUGUACUUAAAAGUGGUGUGGCAAAACGCUGAUUUAAGGAGUUUUCACCUGGCUGCAGCAGCUGACUUAUCAGUGUCGCCAGGAGAGGAGUCGCUAGGCUGACAUCAAAGGACAAACAGGCAGAUGCUAACAAGUAGUUAGCAGCUCUGCGAGUUAGCCUGCCGCUAGCCAGCUCUCCAUACUGCCACAGCAAGUCCCACCCUCCCCAAGUGCGUGGACGUCGUAAGAGGCUGCAGCGGUGAAGUCGACUGCUUUUUCCUCUCAACUUAGCCAGCAUCGCUGUACAGCUGGCUGGGGAGCUAAACUAGCCUCAAAACGCUAGCUCGGCGAUACACUCGUAACAUUUAUUGGCUUUAACGUUGGACCGGGUUUUUCGGUGGAGGUAUACGGUUGAUACACUGGCAAAGAGACUGGCUAAAAAGAAGAGACGAAAUAAGAGAGAACAAGGAAGACACCAAGAAGGAGGGGACUGGCUAGUUUAGCCGGGGAGACAGAUUCUCACAUAGAUAGCAUACGCCACCACUGAGCCACACACAGCCAUGAGUAUUGAGAUACCAGUGGGGUUGACAGAACUGCUGCAGGGGUACACUGUGGAGGUGCUGCGACAAAGACCCUCAGACUUGGUGGAUUUUGCAGUACAGUACUUCACCCGUUUGCGGGAAACCAGAAGCCAGGAUGGGGCCGGAGCUGGUGGCAAGAUGGGGAAAGGAGUGAUGUUUGAUGGAGAGCCCAUGCAAACAGAGUCCAACGGGGAUGAUGACGACGAUGAUGAGGAUUCUGACUUUGAGCCUCCACCACCCAGCAGAUUCAACAGGAGAGUGUCAGUGUGUGCGGAGGCGUUCAACCCAGACGAGGAAGAGGAGGACACGGAGCCCAGGGUGGUGCACCCCAAAACAGACGAGCAGCGCUGCAGACUGCAGGAGUCCUGCCGGGACAUCCUGCUGUUCAAAACACUAGACCAGGAGCAGUUCUCGGAGGUGCUGGACGCCAUGUUUGAGCAUCGGGUUCAGCCCACGGACCACGUCAUCGACCAGGGAGACGACGGAGACAACUUCUACGUCAUAGAGAGGGGGCUGUUUGACAUUGUGGUAAUGGGAACAACGGUGGGUCAGUACAACAAUAAGGGCAGCUUCGGGGAGUUGGCACUCAUGUACAACACGCCACGUGCCGCCACUAUCGUCGCCACCAAUGAAGGGGCACUAUGGGGACUGGACCGCGCCACAUUUCGUAGACUCAUUCUGAAGAACAAUGCCAAGAAGAGGAAGAUGUACGAGACCUUCAUCGAGUCUGUGCCCUUACUCAAAUCACUGGAGGCAAAUGAGAGGAUGAAGAUCGUGGAUGUAUUAGGAUCCAAGCAGUUCCCCGACGGCGAGCGCAUCAUCACACAGGGAGACAAAGCCGACUGCUUCUAUAUUGUAGAAUCUGGAGAGGUCAAGAUCAUGAUGAAGAGUAAAACGAAGGCCGACCAUGCGGACAACGUGGAGGUGGAGCUGACGCGCUGCAGCAGGGGUCACUACUUCGGGGAGCUGGCCCUGGUCACCAACAAGCCCCGGGCCGCCUCCGUCUACGCAGAGGGCCCCGUCAAGUUAGUGGUAAUAGACAUCCAGGCGUUUGAGCGCCUCCUGGGUUCCUGUAAGGAGAUCAUGAAGAGGAACAUCUCCCACUAUGAGGAGCAGCUGGUGGCCCUGUUCGGCUCCAGCAUGGACCUGAGAGACUGAGCCCCCCACACCACCCUCCGUGCCUUCUAUUACACACACACACACACACACACACACACACACACACACACACACACACACACACACAUCAUGUAGUGGCUAUACAGACUCCUAAUAAGCUUUACACAGGGCGUACAAACACUUACACUCACACAUACAUGCACACACACCUUGUUGCUUGAGCCAGCUUCAACCUCUCAGUAUGAACGUCUCUGCUGCAGUGACCUUAAUACAGGUAAAGCAGCGGAAGGACAUAAAACACACAAACACACACUCUCCAAACACACGUUUAAAAACACAUCAUCAUGCUUCAUACGUGCAGGUGUCGCAUUCAUGUGAGCACUUAAACAACUCAAGGUUGUUCCAAUAAGCCUCAGAAAAGGCCACAUCAAACACACACACACACACACACAGGGGUACAGAUACACAUAGGCAACCACACUUGCAAAAAUGGACACAUUGUGGUAAAAUGGAGACGAAAAACUUUUAAAAUCUCUGAAAAGGAAAAUGUAUCAAAAAUGCAAAAAAAAAGAGAAAGAAAGUUUAAAGAAGACAGAUAAGUUUUAGAAACGUUUUAUGAUGAUAAAAAAACAGAAGCUUUGAUAAAAUAUUAUUUAAAUAAAAAAAGUGUUUCCUCUUUGGGAGGCCGGGGUGCAGAACUUUGUGAACGCACUCCAUUUCUUCCUCUACUGUUGUUGAUUGAGUUGAGUUAGUGCUGGUGAUUAUUGCAGUACCACAGAAGAAGCAGUGAACAAUAAAACCCUACGUUUUCUGGGCCAUUGUUAUUCUAUCAUCGACACAACACUUCAUUGUAUUGAAUUAAUUAUUAAUGUAUUGUUAUUAUAUAUUCAUUUAUUAUUUUUUUUGUUUUACUUUGACCAAUUAUGAUAAAUUCACCAUCCAUCUCUGAAAAAAUGUAAAAACUGAAAAAAAUUCUAAUAAAAACAUUAGUGCUUAUUUCUCCUUGAUUAUCCUUGAAUGAGUUGUCCUGGAUAAAAAAAUGAAAAAAUAAAGCAAACAUUUUGUUAAAAA